CUCUCACUCACUCAACACCAUCUCACAUAUCACAUCACACACCAAAAUGCCGUCCAAUCACCUUUUCCAAUAUUCCGUUGUCUCAGCCCUCAUGGAUGGGGUCGCCGAGACAGGAAUUACUCUUGCGGAACUCCUCACACAUGGUGACCACGGCCUUGGCACCUUUCGACACAUGGUUGGCGAAAUGAUCAUUCUUGAUGGGAUUAUUUAUGAUAUGAAGCCUGAUGGUUCUGUCAUAGCGCUGGACAAAGAUGCAUGCGCCGAACAGACGGCGCCUUUUGCGAUGAUCACGGAUUUUAAGCCGACCGUUACUGCUUCAAAACAAAUACCGAGCAAGGAUUCCUUUACAGAGACUCUGUCUCAGCUUCUUCCUGCGACGGCCAAUCACUAUCUGGUCUACAGAAUCGAAGGCACAUUCAAAUCAGUCACUGUAAGGACGGUCGGAGGACAGCAAUCACCAGGCGAGAGUCUUGCCGAGCUUGGAAAGCGACAAGCUUCGCAUACCUUCCACGACAUCAAGGGUACAAUCAUUGGGUUUAGAUCACCAUCUUUUAUGCAGGGAAUCAGUGUUGCUGGAGAUCACCUACACUUCCUGUCGGCAACCAGAGACACUGGUGGUCAUGUGCUAGCAUUGGAAGGUGAUAGCGAUUUGCAGGUCAGCGCAGCUCGCAUUGCAGCAGUCAACCUGCAAUUGCCAACGGAUGAUGAUGCCUAUAAUCAAGCCAAAUUGGUUCGAGAUGAUGAAGGAAUAGCUGCGGUUGAGGGUUAGGUCUAAAAGAGGCUGAUGUGCUUGACUAUUGCUAACGCGCCUUUGGAACAACAGGCGCCUUGUAUAGAUUUUGGAAAGUCGAAGAGUCUCUAUAGAUGCUUGCUCCUCCAUUUCAGAUUUAUCUAGAUCAUAGAUUCUGGGAAUUUUGUAUUAUAAGCAGCUGUCGAUCUUUCCCUCUGCCUACGAUAAAGUUGUAAAGAUCUUCAAUGCAGAGUCAUCCCUGCUCAGUAA